CGGACAGCCGGAGCCUCGAGAGCCCGUGCUGCAGCCCGGCGGUGUCAGUGCCACGGUGUCCGCCGGGGAGCGAGAGGCAGAGCCGGCGGCCGCCCGCCCACCCGAUCCCCGCGGCCAGGACCCCGCAUGCAGCCCUCACCCUGGAGCGGCGGCGGCGGAUCGAGGAGCUCUCGCGGUCCUCCCGGCAGCGGCUGCUCCAGUCGCGGGACAGGAUGUUCUCCAAGUUCACCUCCAUCCUGCAGCACGCCGUGGAGGCGCUCGCACCUUCACUUCCAUUACAAGAAGAUUUUGUUUACCACUGGAAAGCGAUCACCCAUUACUACAUAGAAACAUCAGAUGACAAAGCUCCUGUGACUGAUACCAACAUUCCUUCUCACCUGGAACAGAUGUUGGAUAUUCUAGUUCAAGAAGAAAAUGAGAGGGAAUCAGGCGAAACAGGACCAUGUAUGGAGUAUUUGCUACAUCACAAGAUUUUGGAGACACUCUACACCCUAGGAAAAGCUGAUUGUCCUCCAGGAAUGAAACAGCAAGUUUUGGCUUUUUAUACAAAACUUCUUGGAAGAAUACGACAACCUCUUCUUCCCCAUAUAAACGUGCAUAGGCCAGUGCAGAAAUUAAUCAGGCUGUGUGGUGAAGUUCUGGCAACACCAACAGAAAAUGAAGAAAUUCAGUUUCUCUGUAUAGUAUGUGCAAAGCUGAAGCAGGAUCCUUACCUUGUCAACUUCUUCCUUGAGAGUAAGUUAAAAGCAAUGGCUUCCAAAGGAUCAACAAGUGUAAUCACAGAAGACAUGCUUAAAUGCCAAGACUCCUUGACAACAGACACAGGACAGCCUGUUCAGCCUGAAGAAAUACCUAAUGCUGCUGGAGCUGAGCAAAUGGAGAAGGAAGAUGACCUCCUGCAACAGACAGAUGAUCUCUCUUUCAGUCUGGAUGAGCUAAAUGUCACAUCGUCACCUGAGUCCUCCACUAUUUGUCCAAACCAAGACUAUAAUUUAGUGAAUUCUCUACUAAACCUCACUAAAAGCCCUGACGGCCGGAUAGCAGUGAAGGCCUGUGAGGGCCUCAUGCUUUUGGUGAGUUUGCCAGAACCAGCAGCUGCCAAGUGCCUGACUCAAAGCACUUGUUUAUGUGAAUUGUUGACAGACAGGCUGGCCACCCUCUACAAAGCCCUGCCUCAGUCACUGGAUCCCUUAGACAUUGAAACAGUGGAGGCAAUUAACUGGGGUUUGGAUUCUUAUAGCCACAAAGAAGAUGCAUCUGCUUUUCCAGGGAAAAGAGCGCUGAUUUCAUUUUUUUCAUGGUUUGACUACUGUGAUCAACUCAUCAAAGAAGCACAAAAGACUGCUGCUGUUGCUAUGGCAAAAGCUGUGCGGGAACGAUUUUUCAUUGAUGUUAUGGAACCCCAGCUGAUGCAAACUUCAGAGAUGGGAAUCCUCACAUCAACUGCACUAUUGCAUCGCAUUGUUCGUCAAGUGACUUCGGAUGUCCUGCUGCAGGAAGUAGUUUAUUUUAUACUUGGAGAACACAGGGAGCCAGAAACUUUGACAGACAUCAACAGACAUCCAUUGCGACACAGGUUAAUCGAACACUGUGAUCAUAUUUCUGACGAGAUCAGCAUAAUGACUUUACGAAUGUUUGAGCACCUUUUGCAAAAACCCAAUGAGCACAUUCUUUAUAAUUUGGUUCUGAGGAAUUUAGAAGAAAGAAACUACAUGGAAUACAAGCCUCUCUGUCAAGAAGAUAAAGAUGUGGUAGAGAAUGGACAGAUUGCAGGAGCAGUAGACCUAGAGGAAGAUCCGUUAUUUACUGAUCUGUCUCCAGAUAACACAUUGUCGACUCAAGAGUGGCUCAGUGCUUCUCCACCUGUCAGUCCAGAACAUCCAAGAAAUGAUGGGAAGACUGAAGUUCAUAAAAUUGUAAAUAGUUUUCUCUGUCUUGUACCGGAUGAAGCCAAGUCAUCGUACCAUGUGGAGGGUACAGGUUAUGAUACUUACCUCAGAGAUGCCCACAGACAGUUUCGGGAUUAUUGUGUCAUUUGCUUACGGUGGGAGUGGCCUGGAUCUCCAAGAUCUUUGGAAAAGUGCAAUUUAGAAGCAUCAUUUUUUGAAGGACACUUCUUAAGAGUCCUAUUUGAAAGAAUGGGCAGGAUUCUUGACCAGCCCUAUGAUGUAAAUUUACAAGUGACAUCAGUGUUGUCCAAACUGUCCUUGUUUCCCCAUCCUCAUAUACAUGAAUACCUUUUGGAUCCUUAUGUAAACCUAGCUUCUGGCUGCAGGUCUCUCUUCUCUGUUAUUGUCAGGGUUGUUGGGGAUCUCAUGGUUAGAAUCCAACGCAUCCCCGAUUUCACUCCCAAACUUCUGCUGGUCAGAAAACGCCUGCUGGGCUUGGAGCCAGAAGGGCCUAUCAUUGACCACAUGACGUUACUAGAGGGCGUGAUUGUGCUGGAAGAAUUCUGCAAAGAGCUGGCAGCGAUUGCAUUUGUGAAGUAUCAUGCCUCAUCUACACCAUAAGCAGCCUUGAUGAGUAACCAGGCUAUAAAACCACCAGCUUGGUUCAGUGGAGACUAUUGACAGCACGUGGAUGGGAAGAUGUGGUACCUCAUGGCAAAGUGUUGGUUGGCAUUUGGCAGAAUUGGAAGACAAGUUACUUUCACCAAGUGUUGGCAAGAGAAGAGGGUUCAAACAGACCUAGGCUGUGAUUGAAGGCAUCUUGGGAGAAGUCAAUACAUAGCAUUUCUAGUCACUGUGUGAAGAGCUGCACAAGCUGCAUGAAGAACCACAGAUAUUAGGCCUUGGUUAUUCUGCUAUAAUGACAGUGCUUAGAGAGUUGGGUCUCUUCUGUGUUCUGGGGAUCACAUGCGCCAAUUUGCUUUUUGUGACUCUGUAUCUUUUAAAAAGCAGAUUAAUUUUGUAACAUUUUUAUGUCUUAAUUAUUUUUCUUUUCAGUUGGAUAUAUAAAAGGAAAUCACAACUAUAGUUGAAAUGUAUAAUAGAAAAAAAUGAAGAGGUUCAAAGACCCCACUAAUCCAUAUACAGUGGGGUGUAUUAACGAGGAAUCAUUUUCAUUUUGGUGAAUCUUAAAGACAACUCUGAGCUCGAUUCCCCAGUGGAUUACUCCAGGAGAUAGAUCAGUAUAAAAUCAAUGCUAAUGGAAUUAGUCCUGAUUCAGCAUCACAUCCAUAGCAAAUAUAUCUGAAGCCUACAUGUUUCUAGCAUGUUUGUCUCCAUCAUUCCAAGUGAUUGCUCUUCAAGUCAUCUGUGUAUACUAGAUUUUCUUUAGGGUUUUUGCACAUGAGCUCCAGUUGCCUGAUUCAUGUCACCUUUACAGGGAAGUUAAUUACAAGUCAUCAGUAGUUGUUGCUGAAGCAGUAUUUUUAAUUUUGUUUAAACAGAUAUUUAGCCUGAAUUGGUUUAAGAAUCUUUUGUGCCUUGAAAACUGGCAGCAUAAACAUUCUGUUAUUUUUAGUAACGUUUUUAUUGCUUAUCUACCUAUAGCAGUAGUGCCCAGCAGAAGGCUGAUUGAUGCCCGUUCAGUUAAAGUGUUGGUAACAUAUAUAGGACCAAAAUUUACACCUGCUUAUGAUAGUGCUGGGGUGCAAUAAUGUCUCUCAGUGAAUCUUUUUCACUAUGAAUACUAUCAGGCAGGGCAGGGAUGUGCAUUGCAGGCAGAGGGCCAUGCAGGCUGCAGCAGGCUUUGCUCUGUCUCUGCAGCACUUCAGGCAGCCCUGGCUGCCACAUGAGCUUUAACAAGCACCUCACACUGCCCUGCCUUUCUCUCCCCUCAGGUGUACAGUACCUCUUUCCCCUCCUAUGAAGGUGAUAACAUAAGGCAGGUGUGUUAGAGUUUAGCUCCUUGUGUUUAUGUUUUCUGUCUUUGUCUUUCCUACUGUUGCACAGCUAAUGCUCAUUCCAGAUGUGAUUGCUCGUAUGCAAAUCUGAACUAAUUUACUCAGUCACUAGAAAUCUUCUGGAUUUACGUGACUGUACCUAGAAUCAGAUUCUGCCCUGAAUCCAUGCCUUUGAGGUGUUGUUUUUUUAAUAUUUAUGGAACCUGGAUGUUGAGAGGCCUUUUAAGUUUAGCAGGUUACUUAGAACAGUGUCACAGUUCACGAUCUAAGUGUAUUCUUAUCACAACAAUGAAGAGAGUCCUACUGUUAAAGCUUCCAGUACAGGUUCAGCUGGAGAGAGCAGUUCUGGAACUGGAGAAACAUUUUGGCAGGCAAAACUAGUGUUCAGUGUCUCCCUGUACUGGGAGGCUUUUGUACAAAGUGCUGCAUUUGUCUGGCAAACAAAACCCUGCAUCUGUUUUGGGGUUUUUUUUCCUGAAUUUAGCCCCAAAGUGUUUUCAAGCUGAAGUACCACAGCAGGAUAAAGUUUAAAAAAAGGCACAUUUUUGUUCUUGAGAGUAGCCAGCAUUUUUUUUAGUGCUGUAUAUUGCAGUCAGUCCAUUGUAGAAGCUCGGUUAAUGUAACGUGCCUAACACAUCAUUUAGAACAUGUUCUGCGCAGAGUGAUGUUUAAUACUUACAUUUGUUAUAAAUAAGGUCCCAAUUCAGCAAAGCAGUUAAACACAAGCUUAAUUUUGAGAAUCUUAUUCCUAAGCCACCAUCUUUUAUAUUAGCAAAAUUAAGCUGUUGAGCACAAAUGCUGGUGCUUUACUGAAUUUGAGUCAUUGAUGGCUUUGCUUGAGCUUGAUCACUUUUUCCUCCAAAUUUUCUAUUUUCUUUAUUUUUUUAUUUUUAAGUGUAUGUUCCAGAAUACUUCUCAUGUCCCAGCUUCAGUGGAAACUGCAGGUGGUAAUACUACUAGAAAUGCAAGUGAGAGAAAUGCUAAACAAAACUUGCGAGAGCAUUCCAAGUAAUAUAACAAUUUAUGAAGCCAUUCGAGACACGCCUGAUCUCAAUUGAAAGCAUGAACAUCACCUCCUUUGUUGUUGCUGUUGUUGUUUUCACUGAUACCUGAGCUCAUUACACUGUAAGAAAUUGUCUCAGUCAGCUUCUGGAAGGACUGCUGCAACCUCUGUGGCAUUUUAAUGCAGAGCUGUCUACCGGGCUGCAAACACAAUUCCUGCAAGCGUGUCUAAGAGAAAAAUAAACAACUCUUAAAUUCAGGUUCUAAUUGUUCGGUCUCAAGCAACAUCAGUGAUGUUCUUGCAAACCAAAUGUUGUUUAGUUGGUAAGUUUAUAAGAUGUGGAUCCGUCCUGAUUGAAUUGAUGCGAUCCUGGAAGUUGCUUCAGCCUAAACUGCUUAUAUGAGCGCUGCCUCCAAACCCUUAGUUACCAUGCACAAUGACAAUGACCUUUAUUUUUGUAAGUGAUUUGAUGUUCCUUAAGAGAUGGAACUCAUCUAAUUUCUUUUUUUUGUGGUCAUACUUUUCAUGCACUUUUUUUGUUUAAAAAACAAAAGCUUAGAAGUUAGUUCAGGUCCAUGGUUUCACCUUUCUGAUCUAUGCAUGUCAUUGAGGUGCCCAUUUAGUUUCUGUGUGCGUGUGUUUGUGGUUAUUUAUUACCUAGAGAUGGACACCUGAAAAAUUAUGUGGCCUGAAGUCCACAGCAUGUGCAGAUCCUGUGGGUGUCAGUGGGAUAUGCAAGUAUGCUUAGCACCUCAGAAAAUACGGCCACUAGUGUUAGAUUGAACUACUUGAGAGGGAAUACUAGAAGAAUUUUUUAUUCUUAAAAGCAGAUCCAAACCACGUUUUAAUCCUGAUGCACAUGUGUGUAAAUAGACACAUUUUUACUUUUCUUUCCCAUUUAUUAUAUGUUUUUGAUUUAGACUCAGAUAUAGAGAAUUUAGGAGUGAGCCACGUGCUAGCUCUGGUAGUAUGAGUUUGUCCUUAGUUUCUCAUAUGACUGUCACAUUUCUGGUAUUCAGAUCCUGUCUAUGUAAUGUUCUUACUCUGUAUUUGUCUGUGCAAUAUAAAAGCUGUGACCUGAAACACAGCUUGAGUCUGGUUGUACAUCACCUAUGUAUAUAUAUAUAUAUCUAUACAUAUAUAGAUAUAUAUAUAUAUAAGGACCAGAACCCCGAGCUUGCUUACACUAUGAAUAGUGUAAAGAUUGUUGCACUUGAUUUUACAGGGCGCAAGUAGUCACGGAAUGGCUUUCUAAAUGCAUGGUAAUUUCUACCAUAACCUGCCAUGUCAUUUCACAGAUGACAUUUUGUUAUUGCUGUUUGUCUUGCUAAAACAAAUACUAAACAGAAGUGCUUGGUAAAAUUGAAGGAUUAUGACUUGGGACUACAUAGAAAAUCCACACCUGGUGGCGUGUGGCAUAUGGGGCUUUCAAACCAUGAUCCUCAGUACUUUCUGUGCCCUGUAAAAUAGUGUAACUGUAUAAAAUAUAUACUCCUUGUUUUUCCUCCUGCCUUGUUUACAUUAAACAGAGGAUAUUCAGUAAAAUUUUUCUAUGAGCUUUGUGUAGGUCACUUCCUGGCAGUGUUGCCAAGGUUCCACAAGCAUGGGGUUUCCAGUGAGGAAUUACUGAAACAGCCACAUUACCAGACACACAAUCUGAAGUUUUAUGAAGGAGGUUGUGAUAAAUUCUAACUUUUUGUGCUAAAAAAUUGCAUGGAGGAUUAAAAGGGAUAUUCUGAAAAUAAAUGAAUUUCACCGAAGCGACUGCUUCUGUUAUUACAGCAUCUGUAAUAGGUUUUGUAUGGCUGACCUUCAGUCAAAGUGUUCUAACAUUUGAUAUCAUGCCUUUGAUCCUGAAGUCCUUUCGUUUAUUUCGAGCCUGUCACAGCAGCAUGUUCUCGGAUAAACCUGUUUCUUGUACUGUACUGUGCAGGGCUUGGAGUGAAUCAGCAUACUCUUGCCCAUGAAAACUGGAAACGAAAGGAAAUGGCCAGGACAGAGAUGAACAUCUGCUCUUCCUGAGAACCCAGGCACCUUCCAAGACUGCAGCUGGUCAGGACCUUGGGUUUCUAUUGUGUUUGAGUGCAAAGUGCAUCAAUCACAACAUUAGUUUAUUGAGUUUGGUAUAAAUGUCAUGUACGUGAGUAAGCAGCAUCUUUUCCUUCAGGGCCUUUGAGGAAGGCUUUGAUAUGUAGGGGUUUAUAUAUUUUAGAAUUGUAUUUGAUGUAUAUUUUUUCUUGGUAUCUCAUCUAGUUUUUCAUGUUAUCAUCAGCCUUUUAAAAAUCUUACCUCUCUGUAGGAUCCUCUCUGAGGGCUACACUUGGAUGUUAAGCUGUUUCUCCUUCACAGUAUUUAACAGCUGCAAGUGCUCUUGCAUUUUUAACAAGAAGAGCACUGCAGCAAGAUGAUACCCUUGACAGCUUUUUUUUUAUAGCUCUCAGCAUCUUUCCCCCAUCCUCUUGGGUCUCAAAGAUUGUCAUCUCCCACCCCAGAUCAUUUCUUUGCUGUGCCUGCAUGCGGCUUUCAAAGAUUUAGAGACACUUUGCUUCCUCAAGGAGCAGGGAAGCUGUAUCAAAAUGGCACGUUUUGUAUCAUCCUGUAUUUUUCUCCUACUUUGAUAUCUUGAAAUGCCUGGAUUAUUGCAGCAUGAUAACCUUGUGGCACUUGCAUUUUGAUGCAAGAUUUUGGGGCUGUAUAUCCUAUCCGAACAAAACCCCAGAGUAUUAGUGUGUGGUCCCUGCUUGACAUUCAGUAACUCAUUUUACAGAUUCUCAUUCUAAGUUUUCCAAGUAGAUACAAGUAGCACAGGAUCUACCAAAUUUGUCAACCUUUCAAUAUUAACAGAACUGGUGCUGUCAAUUGGCUAGUUUAGUGUGUGAUCCAAUUGGAUGAAAGUGGAUUGAUGUCCUGAGAAGUGAAUCUGUCACAACUUGGAUGAGCCCUUUCAGCCUGAACCUCUAUGUUCCUGGUGCACGCUUUAUCAGCCAAGACUCCCUUUGAAGGAUGAGGCAGAAUUGAAUAGCAAUUUGGAAAUCAGGUGCAGCAUAUGGUGGAUUAAAGUUUUCAGGUGUCAUAAGCUUCUCUGGAAUGCCAAAAAAGGAAGAAAAUGUGAAAAGUUAAAUUUCCAAGUUUGCUCUGGUGGCUGGAAUUGCCUUUGGAGUCGCAUCUGUGAGGAUGAAAAGAUGCCUCUUGGAACAUGGUCUCUCACCAGGAGAUUUAAAUUGCCCUUGCUAGGAUGAUAUAUCUAUUCUGAACUAUCUUUCAUUAAAUUCCUGAUGGUUAUUACAAUAAAUGCU